UCAGCAUACAUACAACCCUCUAACACCCAAAAACCCCACAUUUCAAGCAGUGCACCUUCCACACUAUCUCUAGGGUUUAUCAAGAUUUUGACGAUGGCGACGAGAUACCUCGCCCGUUCUCUCUUCACCACCACCAAACAGUCCCUCGCCUCCGUCCUCUCUCACUCCACCGCUUCGUCCGCCGUCCUCCCCAAUUCUUCCUCCUUUCUUUUCCGCCUCCGCCCUCUGGUCGCCGCCGCUUCGGCUUCCUAUUUUCGCCGCCUUGCUCCAGCGUUAUCCACCAGGGGGUUCGCGACUAGACAGACGACGUCGUCCCUUAGUGAUCCCAACCCUAACUGGUCGAACCGUCCCCCCAAGGAGACUAUUUUGCUAGAUGGCUGUGAUUUUGAACACUGGCUUGUGGUUAUGGAGAAGCCGGAGGGUGAUCCCACGAGGGAUGAGAUCAUCGAUAGUUACAUCAAAACCCUAGCCAUGGUCGUCGGGAGCGAGGAAGAAGCAAGAAUGAAAAUUUAUUCGGUCUCUACGCGGCAUUACUAUGCAUUUGGAGCCCUUGUGUCAGAAGAACUUUCUUACAAGUUGAAAGAACUGCCAAGGGUUCGGUGGGUGCUUCCUGAUUCAUAUUUGGAUGUAAAAAAUAAGGACUAUGGAGGAGAACCAUUCAUAAAUGGGCAGGCAGUUCCAUAUGACCCUAAAUAUCAUGAGGAAUGGGUGCGGAACAAUGCUCGGGCAAAUGAGAGGAACAGGCGCAAUGACAGACCUCGCAACUUUGACAGAUCAAGAAAUUUUGAGAGAAGAAGGGAGAUGCAAAUGAAUCAGAACCCUGGACCUAAUGUUGGAGGCCCAGGUCCUAACAUGGGUGGUCAACCAAAUAUGGCUGCUCCACCCCCUAAUGCUCCUAACACUGGAGGAAUGCAGUCCAACAUGGGAGGACAACCAAACUAUGGGGGAGGAGCAUCUCCAAAUAACCCUGGAAACUAUCCGCCAAAUAACAUGAGGGGGCCGCCUAACAAUGCACCAAACUAUCAGUAUGGCCAUGGAAAUAAUAGUGGAGGAGCACCUUAUCAAUCUGGUCCAGGGCCGAAUCAGAAUGGCUUUGCUCCUAGUAUGGUACCUGGUCAAGGACAAAAUCAGAGUGGCUAUGGUCCUAAUAUGGGUGGUGGCUUCCCUCCCAAUAGGGGAUCUGGUCCAGGACAAGCGCCUGGUGGUUUUGCUCCUAAUAUGGGAUAUGGAACUGGGCAGAAUCAGAACUAUGUUCCGAAUAUGGGGCCUGGUCCAAAUCAAAACAACUAUGCUCCAAAUAUGGGACCUGGACAGGGACAAAGUCAGAGUGGUUAUGCUCCGGGAGUGGGUGGUGGAAACCCUUCACAGAGCCAGAAUGUUCCUGGAAGAGAUUUGCCUCCGCAUCAAAAUUAUUGAUACAUGUAUAUUGAGGAUGAGUUCUUAGGAUUCCCGUUACUGUUACUGUUUUAAGUUUCGUAAGUAGAACAAUGCAUGUUGUUUGUUGGUCGCUGGUAUGCGUAUAACUAAAGUCAAUGUGCAAAUGCUUGAUCUUUCAAGUUGAGGUUUCCGUCACUAGAACUUGGUGCUCUGCUCGAAUACCUGGCUUACUGUGUCUACUUUGAAUCUUGCCUAAAAUUGUUACUUGAUUUUUGUUGAUAA